GUCUUUAAGUGGUUAUUUAAGUCACUGUAGAAGCACUUUGGUCAAAAUAGUUUGGAGUUGGCUGUGGAGACAAAGUUUAAUACUUAGUAGUCGGUGGUAUUUUUGUUUUUUCUUUAAAUCAUUGUCUUGCAUUCAUUUCUAUGUAUUUUAUUGCUGUUUGCAAUGUAUUGCCUUUUUCCUUUUAUUUCAUUUGUACUUAGUUUUUGUUGCUCAAUGUAAUAUUUUCUUUUUUGUCUGUCUCAUGUUUUGGAAAUCCCUUUGGUGUCCUGAUGGCCUUAUAAAGUGCUAUGAAAGUCAAAUUUAAUUCAUUUGCUCUUUUGAAAGUUGAAUUGGCCUGUUUUAAAAAUGUGUUUACGUCAUAGUUUGUCGAAAAUGAAUGAAUUGUCAUGUAAGUAAUGAGACUUUUUGCCUGAUUGGUGCUGUGAAGCUGCUUUUGGAUAGAUUUUUGUAAUGUUUGUGUUCGUUUUUCUUUCAAAAAAGGUUAAAAAAAAUUCCAGCUGUGGUUUGGUCAGUGAAGAUUUGACCCCCACGUGCACGCGUGUUUUGUCCCGCCCAUUCAUCGAAAGCGCCUCUGGUGAUGCCUCUGAUUGACGGACAGGGGAGCCAAUCAGAGCGCCCCACAGCGUGACUCACUCUUUUCGCUUUUUCCUAUGGAAGAAUUGCGGAAAGGCGGGCCACAGGAAGCACACUUGGUUGAAUGACCAUUAAAGCAGCAAUCAGCGGUAAAUAUGUUGUGAUGCCACGCUCCACGCGCGGACGCGGACCGUCUGAGGCUGUAGAGGCGUCCUCUUCUUGCACCGGUCCUCCACUCUCUGGAGCGCUGUGGACGCGCCGUGCUGCAGAUCAAACGCGGGAAUCUGUCGCGGGGAUCAUCAUGAGGACAGUUAUGGAUAACUGCUGCUGGUCAUUGAUUGCGCGUGUGGUUUGACGAUGGAUUGCCUGGCUGUGCGUCAGCGGCGCAAACCCCCGACAGGCUCUGUUCUGCGGCUGAGUGCUCCUCUGAAGAUCGUGAUGGGGCUUUGUGGUCGAACGUGAAGCUCCCACCACUGCACUGCUCGCUCGGCGCAGGUGCGUCGAGUCUUUGCCCGGGGGGGAACCGGAGCGGCCAACAUGGGAUUCACUUCAGCGUCACACUUGUUUGGGCGCACAGCCCACAUGCAUGAAAUGAUGCAGGGGAUCAGCGUGCACGCGCAAUGGAUUCAGUGAUUGGUGGCGCAGCGUUGUGAUCCGUGGAGACUCUGUCUUCUAGACCACCUACGGCCGUGAAAAGCUGCAUCCAGGAGCGUUAAUUGGGCCCCGAGAUGGGGAGGCAAAUCCAUCUGGAUGAAACGCUCCCCCCGCUGAUAUUGGCCCCCCUGAGACUUUUGAUGCCAAAUUGAUUUAUUCCCACAACUAUUUGCCACUUCUUGAUUGUUUUUAAGUGAAACAAUUAAUAAAGCGGGAAUUCUAUUAGUGGACGAACUGAAAGAAAAACUGUGGACAGACUGAGCGAGCUCGCCAUGUGACUUUUGGUCAAGAGUUCCCCGACAUUUAUAUUUAGAAGGAAAACUCCUUCUGCUGUGUUUUAUGUGUUGCGUGGCUGCCCCCUUUUCCACGCAAUGUCUAGAUCCAACAGCGUAAGCCCACCCGGAGUCGGUGCGCCCGGGUUAAGGGGAGGGACCGAACACAGAUCCGCUUGGGGAGAGGCUGAGUCUGUGGCCAAUGGAUGCCCAUACUCAGUUAGAUCUCCGCGCAAGAAGCUCACCCGGACGAACAGCAGAUGGAGGGAGGAGGAUGAACCGGACAACCGGCCGCCCGGCCGAGCCUCCACGACCGUCAGCAGGGUCAGCUUCAGAUCGCGCUCGGCUUGGCAGGACCAUGGCGAGGAGAAACCAGAGGACAACCGCGCGUCCGCUAAGCGUACGGAGGGCGAGGUGAGACCCAAGUCUGUGGAGCUGGGCUUGGAAGAGCGGAGACUCAAGUCGAGGGGCGACGAGGAGGAGGUCAUGCCAGAAGUGAACUUUUCUUUGGUGGCGUGCUGCGUCGGCGUCAUGCACAUUUUCAAGUCCAAGAAGUUCCAGUCUGAGAAGUUGGAGAGGCUUUACCAGCGCUACUUCUUCCGUCUGAACCAGAGCAGCCUGACCAUGCUCAUGGCCGUGCUCGUCCUGGUGUUCACGGUCAUGCUGGCCUUUCACUGCGCCGGUGGCCCAGCAGGACCGAGCGUCACCUACGUGGUGGUGUUUUCCCUGGCAAUCUUCCUCACUCUCGUUCUCAUGGUGAUCUGCAACAGGAACGGAUUUCACCAGGAUCACAUGUGGGUUGUUUGCUACGUGGUCAUCCUGGUGGUCCUGGUGAUCCAGGUCAUCGGGGUGCUCCUAGUGCAGCCCAGGAGUGCCUCAGAAGGGAUCUGGUGGACCGUGUUUUUCAUCCAUGUCAUCUAUACGCUACUGCCAAUCAGGAUGCGCGCAGCCGUCAUCACUGGAGUUAUCCUUUCUGCCAUCCACGUGGCCGUUUCCUGGAUGUUAAAUGGAAUGGACAGCUUUCUGUGGAAACAGUUGGUGUCCAACGUCUUGAUCUUCUGUUGCACCAAUAUCGUUGGAGUGUGCACCCAUUACCCUGCUGAGGGCUCCCAGAGGCAGGCCUUCCAGGAGACCAGGGAAUGCAUUCAGGCACGCCUCCACUCUCAGAGGGAAAACCAGCAGCAGGAGCGUCUCCUGCUUUCAGUACUUCCUCGCCACGUUGCCAUGGAGAUGAAAGAUGACAUUAACGCCAAGCAGGAGGACAUGAUGUUUCACAAGAUCUACAUCCAAAAGCAUGACAACGUCAGCAUCCUGUUUGCAGAUAUUGAGGGUUUCACCAGCUUAGCAUCUCAGUGCACGGCACAGGAGUUGGUGAUGACUCUCAACGAACUCUUUGCCCGCUUUGACAAGCUAGCAGCGGAGAACCACUGUCUGCGGAUCAAGAUUCUGGGCGACUGCUACUAUUGCGUGUCGGGGCUGCCCGAGGCGCGGGCUGACCACGCCCACUGCUGUGUCGAGAUGGGGCUGGACAUGAUAGAAGCCAUCUCGCUGGUGCGUGAGGUGACGGGGGUGAAUGUGAACAUGCGAGUCGGCAUUCACAGUGGCAGGGUGCACUGCGGCGUUCUAGGACUCAGGAAAUGGCAGUUCGACGUCUGGUCCAACGAUGUCACGCUCGCAAACCAGAUGGAAGCUGGGGGGCAAGCUGGACGAAUCCACAUCACUAAAGCCACCCUGAAUUACCUGAAUGGGGACUAUGAUGUGGAACCAGGAGCAGGAGGAGAAAGAAACGCCUACCUGAAGAGAAACAACAUUGAAACCUACCUCAUUGUGGGCUGCAGUCAGAAAAGGAAAGAGGAAAAGGCCAUGAUCGCCAAAAUGAGUCGACAGAGAACCAAUUCUGUCACGCACAACAGUGGACACUGGACUGACCGUCCCUUUUACAACCACUUGGGUGGAAACCAGAUCUCCAAGGAGAUAAGGAGGAUGGGUUUUGACGACCCCAAGGACAAGCAUUUUAUUUUCAGAAACGCACAGGAAAACCUCAACCCGGAGGAUGAGGUGGACGAGUUUCUGGGCCGGGCCAUCGACGCGCGCAGCAUCGACCGUCUGCGUUCUGAACACGUCAAGAAGUUCCUGCUCACCUUCAGGGAGCCUGACCUGGAGAAAAAGUACUCGAAGCAGGUGGACACCAGAUUCGGUGCGUAUGUGGCCUGUGCCUCCCUGGUUUUCCUCUUUAUCUGCUUCAUCCAGAUCAUCAUUGUGCCAAGAUCCACACUGAUGAUUGGCUUCUUCAUCACCUGCCUGGUUAUCCUGAUGUCAGUCAUGUUCAUCUCAACUGUGUACUACUGUUUCGGGAUCUUCCCUGUCUCCCUUCAAACUCUCUCUAAAAGGAUAGUUCAGUCCCGACUCAACAGCACCCUGGUUGGCGUCUUCACCAUCCUCACUGUGUUUCUGUCGGCUUUCAUUAACAUUUUCACCUGCAGCAGCGCUGACCUGCGGAGCUGCAUCGGUUCAGGGCUCAACGUCAGCGUGGACAGCGUGAACCCCUGCCACGCCGUCUCCCUCAAUUACAGCCUGGACCCGCGGCACACGCCCUGCGGAGAAGGCGCCCUCGUCUGUAACUUUCCCGAGUACUUCUCAUCCUGUGUGCUCCUGAGCCUGCUGGCCUCCUCCGUCUUCCUGCAGAUGAGCAGCAUCGGCAAACUCUUCCUCAUGCUCUUCAUUGAGCUGCUCUACCUUCUGAUUAUGGAGGUGCCUAAAGUGAGCCUUUUUGACAACCAGGACCUCCUUGUCAUGGCAAACGCCUUCAGCUCCCUCAAACAGAUGAAUGGAACAAGCUGUGUGGCAGACACCAAGGUUCCUCUGAAGAUCAUGACCCCAGUGGUGAUCACGGUCUUCGUGCUCGCCCUCUACCUGCACGCUCAGCAGGUGGAGUCCACGGCCAGGCUGGACUUCCUGUGGAAGCUGCAGGCCACGGAGGAGAAGGAGGAAAUGGAGGAGCUCCAGGCCUACAACCGUCGUCUGCUCCACAACAUCCUUCCCAAAGACGUGGCCGCUCACUUCCUGCAGCGCGAGCGCCGUAACGACGAGCUCUACUACCAGUCCUGCGAGUGCGUGGCAGUCAUGUUCGCCUCCAUCAGCAACUUCUCCGAAUUCUAUGUGGAGCUGGAGGCCAACAAUGAGGGAGUGGAGUGUCUGCGGCUGCUCAAUGAAAUCAUAGCAGACUUCGAUGAGAUCAUCAGUGAGGAUCAGUUCCGCCAGCUGGAAAAGAUCAAGACCAUCGGCUCCACCUACAUGGCGGCCUCGGGCCUCAAUGACUCCACGUACGACAAGGCUGGACGCUCACACAUUCGAGCCAUGGCAGAUUACGCCAUGAGGAUGAUGGACCAGAUUAAAAUCAUCAAUGAGCACUCCUUUAACAACUUCAAGAUGAAAAUAGGUCUGAACAUCGGCCCUGUGGUUGCCGGGGUGAUCGGGGCCAGGAAGCCUCAGUAUGACAUUUGGGGGAACACGGUAAACGUUGCGAGUCGCAUGGACAGCACAGGGGUUCCCGAGAGAAUUCAGGUGACAACAGAUCUUUACCAGGUACUGAGCUCCUACAACUACACACUGGAAUACAGAGGCGUGGUGACCGUCAAGGGGAAAGGAGAGAUGAUGACCUACUUUCUGACCGGAGGACCCUCCAGUUAACUUUUACUGAGCGAUAAACAGAUGGGGCGUGACCCAGAGGACGUCAGGUCUCUCAUAGCUUUCAGCAGACUGAGUUAGCCUGAAGUGUGUGGUCGCCUUCAAAUCCCUCCUUGCUCAUGAUGCCAGUCAGGAUGAGAGACAGCCCGACCUCAGGAGGUACAGGACACGCUCGCUUGCCUUUCAGACCAAAGAUGUCCAAUCCGUACAUUUUACAAGAAGAGAAAAAAACAAACAGAUUUAACCACCUGGAGGAAGAACUCCUACGUGCCAGCUUUGUUAAAAAGUUUAGGACAACCCUGCAGGGAGACAAAUGUCACCUCCUUUUCUUUCUCUCUGUCGUGUUUGUGCAAACCCCGAAGGCUCUUCUUCAUACUUUUCAUCAAACACUCGUCACUGUUGUGUUGAACGGCUACAAAUCUCUUUUCUUCCACGUGUUGAUUUCAACUUGCAUCAGUAAUUAACAAUCUAGAUAACAAGAGCAGUAAGUGAGGCCUUACUGUACUUCAUUUGGGGGGGGUCGACACUUUAUACUAUAUGAAAUGCGCAGUAUUUAUGGAAAGCUUCACGUCAGCCAAUAUCAACACCUGCAACAGAGAAAGGAUGUCACUGAAGAGCUUUUCUAAUCUUGACGUUUUUGUAUUCUGGACUCCAACCUUGUGAAAGAUUUUCAGAUUCUAUAUUUUGUAAGAUCAUAUAUUAGAGAGCCUGUCUAUAAACUCUAGCGUUUUCAGGUGAAGAUACUUUAAACGUUAUUUCCACUGCGAUGUUGCCGGAUCUUUGUGUCCCUUCAGAGAGGUGGGGUUUUUUUUUUUAGUUCUCCUCUUGCAUUUUUGAUCUACAGGAAAGUCAGCUGUUGGUUGAAUAAAACGUCCUAGAAGUGAAGGAGUCGGCCUGAGCCGAGGCUGAGUUUCUCUGACCGAUCAGAGGACUUUAAACGCAUCACACUCGAUGCUUAAAAAGCCAUUUUGCACUUUUGUGCUUUGUUCCGCUUGCUCUUCUGCCCCCUUGUUUGCUCCACCAGAUGGUACGACCCAAUGAAUGUCCAAUGAUCUCCGAUGAGGCCUUGCUAAUACGGACUCUGACCAAGUUGAUGAUGUUCAUCCUCUGGACAGAGCACAUGCAGAAAUGUGCACUUGCAUCUGCUGUUUUUUGGUUUUUUUCUUCCAUGUUGUGUUAUUACUACUCACACACAAAAAACACACACGCCGCAACGUUUCUAUCAAAACCCUGCAGCUGCUACACCUGAUCUUGGUUAAAUAAGAGGAAAAAAUUUUCAACACUUCUGGAUUAUAUUUAUACUUUUGUCAUAAAAAAAGAAGAGUUUGGGAUUAUAGGAUGCUAACGCAGAAAGAACCACUAAGUUGUACUGAAGUUGAACUAAGGUCAAUUCAAGAUCUCUCUGUACAAUUGUCACAAAAAAUGUUCAAACCUUUAUUUGUUUUAAAUUCCUGAACACAAACUCUGAUUGGCCGAGUGUUUUCAAGGAUCUGACCACUCAGAGCUUCUCUGUACUUCUGAUUAGGACUAUUGACCCUUUGGUUGUAUGCAGUUUAAAGGUCCAUGCAGCAAUUUCAACUAAAUAAAGAUAUUUUUUAAAAACA